CCAACAACGCGCCCCACGCGUACCGCCACCCUCGACGCCAUCCGCGCCCACCAACUUCUGCGACAUAGACAGCUUGCCCAAACACCCGUUGCUUGGGUGCGUUGCCACGGAUCCACGCCCCCGAUCUCCAGAGUGCUCCUGUGCGCGCUCGUAGCGCAGAGCCGUCACCAUGAGCGCGGGCGGUAGCGACCUUGACAAAGCCAUUCAGCAGCUCCGCGCAUGCCGUCCCAUUCCCGAGAAUCAGGUUCGAGAGCUGUGUUACAAGGCACGCGAGCUGCUCAUUGAGGAGGGCAAUGUGGUGGGCGUCGAUGCGCCAGUGACGAUAUGCGGUGACAUCCACGGACAGUUCCACGACCUCAUGGAGCUGUUCCGUGUUGGCGGAGACGUGCCUGACACCAACUACCUCUUUAUGGGCGACUUCGUUGACCGUGGCUUCUACUCGCUCGAAUCUUUCCUCCUACUCUUGUGUCUCAAAGUCCGAUACCCAGACAGAAUCACGCUAAUCCGGGGCAACCACGAGUCGCGACAAAUAACAACGGUAUACGGCUUCUACGAUGAGUGCCUGCGGAAAUACGGUAGCGCGAAUGUAUGGAGGUAUUGCUGUGAAGUGUUUGACUACCUCGCCCUCGGCGCUCUCGUCCAAGGCGCCGCAACAUCCCUUCAAGCCACCGAUGGCCCCAUAGCAGAGACCAGUAACGCAGAGAAUAUGCCUGAUAUCGACCAAGACAUUGAGAUUGAAACACUCAACGCCAACGGCGAGGUCAUGUACCGUUAUGCACGGAACUCGGACUCGCAUUCGAGCGCCGCUUCACAGAUGAGCGGGAACAUGGGCUCUUCAUCGCCCGUCGCUCAAACGCCUGGACGUGUCGGUCCCGCUGGCACGGGCGCAACCUCCUCCGCCAACGGAUCAGCUCGCAACGACACGGGUGCCAUUCUUUGUGUACACGGCGGUCUAUCACCUCUCGUCGACUCAGUUGAUAAGAUUCGGUUGCUUGACCGAAAACAAGAAGUGCCACACGAAGGAGCAAUGUGCGACUUGUUGUGGUCCGAUCCCGACGAGAUAGAUGGCUGGGGCCUGUCGCCACGUGGUGCAGGUUUCCUGUUUGGUGCGGAUAUUGUCAAGACCUUCAACCACAAGAACGACCUCAGUCUUAUUGCGAGAGCCCACCAACUGGUCAUGGAGGGCUUCAAAGAAAUGUUUGACUCGACCAUUGUGACUGUGUGGUCAGCACCCAAUUAUUGCUACCGCUGCGGUAACGUAGCCGCCAUUCUCGAACUCGGAGAGGAUGGCUCCAACGCUGGCUACCAGAGAAGAUCGAACGGCGACAGGGGUGGAGGAGGUGGGGGCUGGGUUCUUGGUUCCAAUGCUGGACCGAAUGGAGAGAGGCGAUUGAGCCCUAUGCUCAACGACAAUUUCCAGAGAAACAGGGACGGUCCCGGACGACGGUAUCGCGUCUUUGAAGCCGCACCCCAAGACUCAAGGGGCAUGCCAGCCAAGAAGCCCGUCGCCGACUACUUUCUCUAGGACAGGAAAGAGACGAAUGCUGCCAAAGAAAUAUCCAAAAUCCGGGAGAUGGGCGUGAUGAGUGGCUCGCUCUCAAACCACCAUGUGCUCAGAGCGCGCACGCGUGCCGCCGAGUAUUUUCUGUAAUAGAAGCCUCGGGCAUCUGGACUUGUUGCCGGGCAGUUUGGAUCCAACAUGCGAGGGUGCGCUGGAGUGCAUCAAAACAGCUGUAGGCAUUGUCGACAUGGAUACCCGAGUUAAUACCACCAGCAAACGAUUGACGAGGACACAAUGCCAGUUUUUUGUUUUUUUCUCAUCGCAUUGACAGUUCCUAACAGAACUUUGGUUAUCAUUCGAGGGAUCAGGGGGCGUGGGAGUUGUGUGGAGAGAAGACUAGCGGUCUUUAUAUUAUGAAUGGAAAUGGAUAUACGGCGCCGAACGGCAAACACUAAGGCAGCGCAAACGAUUC